AUGACAACCCCCUACGAAAAAGCCCUUCACCAAGUCGACCAAGCCCACUCCGAAGACCCUCGUCGAAUCCCCUACCCAAAUUCUUCCCAACCCACCUCCCUACAACAGCAACAAGAUGAAAUCCAAGAAACCCAAAACGAGACAAUCCCCUACGAACUCCACUACGCCACCAAAAUGACCCAAUACCUCGAUAAACGCCAGCCCAACGCAUCCGAACUCCUCCGUCUCGCUAUUCGCGCUCAACAUCUUCGCCGCUGGGAGGUGCCGAGAGAUAGCUAUCCGAUGACUAAAAUUGGUUACCAUUCGUGGAGGAAUCAUCUUGCGAAACGGCAGGCUGAGCUUGUUGUUGAGAUCUGUGUGAAGAGUGGGUAUACACAGGAUGAGGCGGAGAGGGUUGGUGCGCUAGUUAGGAAGGAGGGAUUGAAGCGGAAUCCUGGAGAGGAGAGUGAGACGCAGGUCCUCGAAGAUGUGGCCUGUUUGGUGUUUCUGGAUGAUCAGUUUGAGGAUUUUGAGAAGGGUAUUAAAGAUGAAGAGAAGGUGAUUACUAUACUGAGGAAGACGUGGGUGAAGAUGUCCAGCAAGGGGCAUGAGAUGGCGAUUGAGUUGAGUGAGGAGAUGUCGGAGAGGGCCAGAGGACUGGUGCAAAAGGCUUUGGGUGGUUAA